AUGGGAAAAAAGGCUGUUAGUAUUGAUACAAAGAAGGGAAUCAUACUUUUACGCGAUACUGGUAUGUGCCAACAUGAAAUUUCAAGAAAAUUAAAUGUUUCUCGGACGUGCGUGCGUCAGACCAUUCGUAAGUUCAAUGAGCUUCAUACGACAGCUGCAAAACCUGGUGCUGGACGUCCUUUCAAAAUGACACGUCGUCAAAAGCGCGCCAUUAAACUUCAACAACUUCGUGAUGAUACUCUUUCGUUGAAUGAUCUUGUUCGAUAUGCUCAAGCAAGUUUGAAUUUAAAUAUCAGUCGUCAAACAGUAAGCCGCAUCCUACG